CAUAGAGUUCAUGUUGUCACUUUCUCAGUCUGUACAGCUGGCCAAGUGGGACGAUUGUCACGCACCUGUGACAUUCCAUCAUUUCUCUCACUGUUAGCAACGACGACAACCCUCCUACAUACCCUCUGUCUCGCGGGCAACUCUUACGUUGAGCUUUGUCUCGCCUAAAAUCUUUCUCUUAGUUUCUCAAUACUUUAAUCCACUAUCUCUCCCUAUCUCGGCCAUUGAGGAAUGGGAAUCAAGUUUGGUUCAUUCGACUCUGUAUGCGAAACAGCGGCUCUGGUGAUAUGUCCUCUCGUUGGAACAGACCAAGGUAUUGAGCCGACCUGCUACAGCAGAAAUGUCGACGUUGGAGGCACAUUAAUCUUCCAACCUUCAACAUGUUUCGUUCACAUCGCUGCCAUUAUCAUGACCAUCAUAAUGAUUCUUCACAUACGAAGCAAAUACACCGCAGUCGGUCGGAAGGAGAUCAUCAUGCUGUUUUACAUGUAUCUAGUAAUCUCAUUGCUAGCUAUGUUCUUGGACUCUGGAAUCAUACCCACCGCGAAUGCCGCGUACCCAUGGUUUGCCGCCAUCUACACAGGCCUAAUCGCAUCCGCGUAUUGCUGUCUUCUUAUAAACGCAUUUGUCGGCUUUCAAUUUGCUGAGGACGGCACACCAUUGUCCCUCUGGCUUCUUCGCAUAUCCUGCUUUGUUGUCUGGGGCAUUGGUUUCUUUGUCGGCAUCGCCACUUUCAAACAAUUUGCUUCGUUUUCCUACUCGAAACCUAUUGCUCUCUGGAUCGUAUAUCUUAUCUGGCCGAUAGUUUGCGUCGCUGUCUAUAUCGUCUCUCAACUCAUUCUGGUAUUCCGUACUCUGGAAGAUCGAUGGCCCAUCGGUGACAUUGUUUUUGGUGCAGCAUUUUGGGUUAUCGGCAUGGUGCUCUUGUUCGCUUUCAGUGACACUAUAUGCAACGCUAUCGAACAUUACCUUGACGGCCUCUUCUUCCAAGAGCUUUGUGUACUAUUGGCCAUAAUGAUGGUUUACAAGUACUGGGAUAGUAUAACUCGCGAGGAUCUUGAAUUCUCUGUCGGCUCGAAAGCAGCUGUUUGGGAAGUUAAGGAUCCAUUAUUAUCAGGAUCUGCUGGAUACCCUUCUCGAGGAGACUACUCAGAAGAAGAUGUUGGAAGUAACUACGGUGGUUAUGCGCCUCCACCAGGUUUUAGUAACAACAAAACAGCAUCCCUGGUCGGCGGUGUUAGUGGAGCGCAGCUUUACGAUCGGAAAGGUUAUGGUGCCGGUGGUAGAGGAUAUCCUCCUGCUGGUGGAUACUGAUAUGCCUUGUCCUGAAUUAUAUAUUUCAUGUCGCGACAGCACUGUGCCACGGACGCUAAUACGUACUCGUAAUCAAUACUAUCGUUUCCCCUUAUCUGCGGUUCAUGUACCCGCAUUCAACAUUCGAACAAAGCA